AUGGAUUUCACGAACAAGCUGGAAUCUGUCAAGUGCAAACAGAAGCAGAAAUAUCGCUACGCUUGGUUGAAUUCAGGGCAGUCAAAAGGGAAAGGUGUCCUCUGGGCAGCAGUUGCAAAACUCAGGGCUGCAGCUAAGCAUACAUGCUCUUUGCUGGGGGACACCAGGGAGCUGUCAGGAGGCGGAGGAAAAGGGCAAAGCUGGCAGCCCCAGGUGGAGAACCCCUCCGAAGCCUCUGGACGCUGCCUGACCGGAAGUCUGCUCCUCUGGCUGGGCCGCAAUCCCUGCAAGCAGUCGGCUGAGACGGUGUUGCAGUCGCUGUGCCGUGUCCUGGAGUCGUGGCCUGCCAGGGACUGUCCCUGCAACUGUUACCAUCCUGGUGGGCCCAGAAGUACAAGCCAGGAGAAUAAGGAGCAUCCCCUCAGUGGCACCUUCAAAGACCGGAUCAGCACACAGAAAAACCAGGACAUGGGCACAUGGAAAGCUUCCUUUGGGAGCGAUACCUGUGCCCCGGGAGGCAGAGGGAGCGUCAAAGAUGGCGGCACGCUGCCUGAGGCAGGGCGGGGCGAAAGCAAGAAAAGGGGGGAAAACGGUGGGACCCACCAGCUUCAGCAAUGGGAGGCGGGCAAAAAGGAAGAAAAGGGGGAAAAAAAAAAAGAUGGGACUCUCAGGCUUCAGCAUGGCCAAGGGGAGCAGGACUAUGGACGUCUCAGUGGAACUUCCUCCUCGAACCAGUACUUUAAAAUUAGCAAAUGAGCCACUUCUGCAGAAAGUCUGGGUGCUUUCCAAAGAGCCGCUUCUUAGGAGGCCCUGAGGCAGAGUCAUGUCCAAGUUUCUCCUGGUGGAUUGUCUAUCACUCAGAACAGGAAGAUAACAAAGCAGCAAUACUUCUGAAAUUGUGUCAGCUUGGAAGGUAAUUAAAUUUGCUUGCUCUAAUUUGCAAUAAUUGUUUGAAGAUGUGAAGCUCUGCCACACAUCAUUUUGGCAGCUAUCAUUAACUUGGGCUGUGAAAUGGAUAUUACAUACACUCAUAUGUCAUUCAUUAUAAUGCCA